CCCAGCGAGGUUUUACUGUGAAACACAUGAGAGGAUUUAAAAGCCUGGUAUCUGGGAGGGGUUCUGUGCCGCUGCUGCUGGUGCUGCUGGUGGGAGUGGUUCUGGGCUCGGCUCAGACGCACUGACAGACGGGCUCAGGCUGAAGACUUGUAGACGAGUUGGGAAUCAGACGCAGAUCUGCUUAUUUCCUUUACAGAUGAACUUGGCUCUGAUCCAUGACCGUCUGCACAUCAAAUCGUUCUGGGAGAACCGGAUCAGCGCCGAAAAUCAGCAUGCCGAAAGCGAGGAGCAGAGGAUGACCAAGAGCGCCCUCAAAAAGCUGAGGGGCGAGUGGGUCGUCCGUCUGGAGAACCGAAACAAAAACCUGAAGAAGCUCAACGACAACUUCCUCAGGAAGGCGAAGGCGGAGAAGUCAGCUGACCAGACAUGAGCCAAUCAGUGGACAGCAGGAGCAGCGGACGCUUUUAAAUGGCUGAAAAUAAAACAUUCUGCUGUGAAAUGAA